GAAAGUUGUUUAGGUUAGCUACUAGUGCAGUAUGGUAGCUGAUUGUUCCCGCGUUAUGUUAAAUCUGCUGUUUCUUGUUGCUUUUAAUCAGACUACAACAUGAUAAAGACGGAGAGACUUCUGCAUCUGAAGAGCAGCCGCGGUCGGAAGGUCCGUGUGGUCCGGGAACAUUAUUUGAGGGAGCGGGUUCCGUGCUACAGCGCCCUGUGUCAAGCGGACUGUGACAACGAUGGUAAGGUGCUUCCUGGAGACCUGACCCAUUACGUGAUUCCUGAUGUUGGGAUCGUCUUGGACUUUCUGGAGAUCCUGGAAUUCAGAGAAAUCCAGGGAAUCAUCUUUACACAGACAGCGUGUCAGGCUGUGCAGCACAACAAAGGAAGAAGGCAGUACAACAGACUGCGUAACCUGCUGAAAGACCCUCGUCACGACUGUGUUCUGUUUGUUAAUGAGUUCCAGAAGUACUCGUAUUGUCCCAGAGAGAAAGGGGAGAGCCAGGAGAAAUGGCAAACCAGAUGUGUAUACUCCGCUGCAGUGUGGUUCUACAAUCACCUGGCCGGGCUAAAGGACAUAGUGAUGGUCACAGACGACUCAGAGGCCGUGGCUCAGUACAGCAGCCUCAAUUCAGGGGUCUAUGUCAUCUCAAUGCAGGAAUAUUUGCAUAGCUUUUGGUCGGAUGUGAACGCCGCUCAUGAACUAUACAGCUCAAUCGUCCAGGCUGUGCAGGAGAGAGAGAGUGAGGGAUCGGAGAGGGAGUACCAAGAACACCUGCCUCCCGAAGUCCUGGAAGCCGGUAUCAAGUGUGGGAGAUAUAUGCAGGGUAUUCUCAGUGUGAAUAAGCACCGAGCCCAGCAGGAGGCGCUAGUCACCACACAGGGCUUCUCCAACAAGAGCACAGACCUGAGCUGUGACGUUUUGGUGUUGGGGGUAAAGAACUGUAACCGCGCGGUGCAUGGGGACAGUGUGGUGGUGGAGCUGCUGCCUCACAGUGAGUGGAGAGGGAGGACCACUGCUCUGACUGAAGCCCAGGGGGAAGAGAGGAGCAUGGAGGACCAAAACAACCAGCCUAUGCCCACGGGUCGUGUUGUGGGGAUCCUGCAGAGGAACUGGAGAGAUUAUGUGGUGACUUUUCCUACUCGAGAGACUCAGACUCAGAGCAGAAACUCCCAGAAGAUUUUGACUGUGCCCUGGGACCACCGCAUCCCCAAGAUCCGCAUCAGCACCCAGCAGGCAGACACGCUACAGGAUCACAGGGUGGUGGUGCGUAUCGACUCAUGGGAUAGCACCUCUCUGUAUCCAAAUGGACACAGCGUCAGGGUCCUGGGCCGAGCCGGAGAACUUGAGACCGAGGUCCAGACUAUCCUUAUCGAGAACUGCAUCAGUGUCCCACCCUUCUCUGAGGCACAGCUGAGAGAGAUGCCGGUGGUGUCCCCUGAGCGGCCCUGGAAUCCUGACCCGGAGCAGGUGACCACUCGGAGGGACCUAAGGCAGACGCACCUGGUAUUCAGUAUCGACCCCAAAGGCUGUGAGGAUGUGGAUGACACGCUGUCUGUGAGCAGGCUGCCCAAGGGGGGGCUGGAGCUGGGUGUGCACAUUGCAGACGUCACCCACUUUGUUAAAGAGGGAUCCCUGACCGACCAGGAGGCCCGUGCACGAGCGACCACGUAUUACCUGGCUGACCGCAGAUACGAUAUGCUUCCUGAAGUACUCAGUGCAAACCUCUGCUCUCUGCUCGGAGGGGUUGACAGGUAUGCGAUGAGUGUUUUGUGGGAGCUGGACUCCGCAUCUCUGGAGGUGAGGAGUGUGUGGUUUGGGCGCACUCUGAUCCGAUCGUCCUAUCAGCUGCACUACGAGCUUGCCCAGGCUCUGCUCAACGGAGAGGAUGCCACUGUACCAGAACUGAACCAACUCAACCCAGAGGAGCAGAGUCAGAGGCUGGCUGAGUUAACCCAAGCUCUAGAGACCCUGACUCAUGUGGCACGACACCUGAGAGCACAGAGGGACAGAGGGGGUGCUCUCGAGCUGGAGGGAGUGGAGGUCCGAGCCCAGUUGGAUUCAGAGAAGAACAUCACAGCUCUGGUCCCUCGUCAGCCGUUAGAGGUUCAUGAAACUGUGGCAGAGUGCAUGAUCUUCGCCAACCAUUGGGUGGCCCGCAAGAUCCAGGAGUCCUUCCCCCACCAGGCCCUGCUCCGACACCACCCCCCUCCCAGACAGGAGUUCUUCAGUCAGCUACAGGAGAGUGCCAGGGCCCGGGGAUUCACCAUAGACACCAGGUCAAAUAAGUCUCUGGCCGACUCCCUGGAGCAGGCGGUGGACCCCCAGGACCCUGUAGUGAAUCGGCUCCUCAGGAUGAUGGCGACUCAGGCCAUGUCCCAGGCCAUGUACUUCUCCACUGGAGCUGUGCCCGCAGAUCAGUACUAUCACUACGGUCUUGCUCUGGAUCGGUACACUCACUUCACGUCUCCCAUCCGUCGUUACGCUGAUGUCAUUGUGCACAGGCUCCUGAUGGCGGCGCUAGACCUGGACCGAGGUCUCAGCUCCACUUUGGCCUCCAACAGAGAGCUAGAAGAGACCGCUCAGCACAUCAACAACAGGAACAGGGCGGCGCAGCAUGCUCAGAGGUUGUCCACAGAGCUGUUCCAGUGCCUGUUCUUCAGAGAGAGAGACCCUGAGUCUGACCCGAGCUGUGUGUCUGACGCUGUGAUCUAUGCCAUCAGGGACAACGGCCUCCUUGUCUUUGUGCCACAGUAUGGGGUGAAGGGUCCGGUGUACCUGAGGAGCAGAGAGGGGGAGGUGUUGACCUUUGGAGCAGACGGUCACUGUGAGUGGAGCAGUGGAACAGUGAAGAAACACUCAGACCACAUCACCACCUCCUCUCUAAGCGGGAGCACCACCUUCAGGCUGUUCCAACACAUCACAGUGCGUAUCUCGGUACAGUCAAACCGGUGCCAUGCGGAUUCUCUGAACCUAGAGGUUAUCCAAAACGCUCCUCACGAGACCUCAAACCCAGACCUGGUACCAACCCAGUCCAAAGUCCAGCUGAUCCAGGAGGUCCACAGACAGGCCGAGGAGUCACUGCAAAAGGCUUCAGUCAAACCCAAACUGUCUCGAGAGGAGAGGCAGUACUGUCAGAGCAAACAACCAAAUUUGUACUCUCUUUUGGAGGAGAUCAGGGAGCUGUCUCUGAUGGAUGAAGAGGCCUGUGCCAAGAAGCUCUGUGCCACCACAGCAUAAGGCAGAACUGUGUUUUUAAGGGAUAUAUUUUUGAGCUUUUAAAAAUGUUGGAAAAUUUGGAACUAAACAUUAAAUCCAAUUUUUUUGCUAUAUGGUUUGAAUAGCAUUAUUUUAUGUUCCUAGUCAUUUUUUGGCAUUUUUACCACAAACUGGUAAAUUUGCAGCUUUCUGCUCAAAAGCAGUUAAAUCUGAGUGUGUGCUGCCUUCAGUGGCCACGGGAUUUUCACGUACUACGUGACAUCACGCAAGACCUAAUUACAGCCAGGUGUUUCUGAUUACAAACACUUAGUUACAUGGGCAGCGUUUUUAGUGUGGAUACCUGUAGAUCGUUCACACUGUUCCUUCUACCUCUAGACCCUGUCCCUCCUCCCCCCUCACUCUGUCCCUUUAGUCCUGCAGAUACUGCCCAGUUUAGUAGCUCUGUUUGAAAUGUGGUUAUGUGCAGAGUUUCGGUGUUUAGUCCCACUUUAAGGGAAAUGUAUUAUGAAAGAUUGAUGUUUUCCUAUUAAAAACAUUUCUGAAUUUGAG